UUCCUAACCAAAACUCUGCCUGUUUCAUCAUUAUCAUCUCAUAGUGCUUUGUUUCCUCAUUCAAGCAUCCUGGCGUUCGUUUGCAUUACACUAGCCCACUUGUUUUACAUCAUCAGCCUUCCUUCAGUUGAUUUAGCACCAUGGCAGAAUUCAGUCGAUCGGAGAUCCUGGGCACGAACUUCGAGACCACUACCAGAUAUGCAAACGUCCAACCCGUGGGCCUGGGUGCCUUUGGCCUUGUCUGCUCCGCAUAUGAUUUAAUCGGCCAGCAAAAUGUGGCCAUUAAGAAAAUGAUGACCCCGUUCGCCAGUACCGCCCUGGCUAAGCGCACUUACCGAGAGGUCAAGCUGUUAAAACAACUACGACAUGAGAACCUCAUAUGCUUAUCUGAUAUCUUCAUCUCGCCACUAGAAGACGUAUACCUAGUCACGGAGCUUCUCGGGACAGAUCUCAAUCAGCUGAUGAGAGCAAAACCGCUGGACGCCAGAUUUGCACAGUUCUUCAUGUAUCAGAUAAUGCGAGGGUUGAAAUACAUCCACUCGGCCGGUGUGAUCCACCGAGAUCUCAAGCCAAGCAACCUCUUGGUCAACGAAAAUUGUGAUCUGAAAAUCUGCGACUUCGGCUUGGCUCGCGUGAGAGAACCACAAAUGACGGGCUAUGUUUCCACGCGAUAUUACCGGGCACCCGAGAUUAUGCUGACAUGGCAACGAUAUGACGAUGCGGUCGAUAUUUGGAGUGCCGGUUGCAUCUUUGCCGAGAUGCUACGGGGUGAACCAUUGUUUCCUGGAAAGGAUCACAUCAACCAGUUCUAUCUAAUCACCGACAUCAUUGGCAAUCCCCCCGACGAGGUCAUAAACAGGAUUACGAGCGCAAAUACGCGACGGCUUGUCAAUUCAUUGCCAAAGAAAGGAUCCCACCAGUUGAAAUCCGUGUUUGCGGGAUUUGAUGAUAAUGCCAUUGAUCUUCUCGAAAAGACACUGGUAUUUGACCCCGAAAGGCGAAUAUCUGCCGAGAAUUCUUUGCAGCAUCCCUAUCUAGCGCCUUAUCAUGAUCCGAAUGAUGAACCCGCAGCAGAAAAGCCAUUUGACUGGUCAUUCAACGAUGCUGAUCUACCCAAAGACACGUGGAAAUUCAUGAUAUACUCCGAAGUUUUAGACUACCAUAGUCUCGGUGGCACUGCACAACCAGAAUUAGACCAAGAUGACAUCUCCAGCAACAUAGACCUUUUUCUACAAGAAAUCGGCCGCGAAUGAGACGAAUACCAGCAUCGCCCAGCCGGCCAUUGAAAUGCGGUUAUGUUGAAACCUACGCCCUACCUACUUCUCGGCGCUAGGGUCCGUACAGAAUCAGGGAACCCAAAACCGAGGAUGGUUUCUUUGGGUGAGUGGGAAAUUACAUUAGUAGGUAGGGGUCAUGCCCCUUGCCUGUGGUCAUUUCACAAAUCUGCAUUUAAGUAGCCCAAUUCAGCUUCCUUUCUUUUUCACUCCGGAGGCUUUAUUUGG